GUUCUGUCCAUCAACGAGGAAGGUCUGAGGCGCUGUGAAGAGAACACUAAAAUAUUUGGAAAACCAAUCAGCUGUUGGACAUGUCUGGUGGAUCUCGAGGGGUUAAACAUGAGGCAUCUGUGGAGACCUGGAAUCAAAGCCUUGCUGAGGAUGAUUGAGGUUGUUGGAGCCAACUACCCAGAAACCCUCGGCCGCCUUCUCAUACUAAGAGCGCCGAGAGUGUUUCCUGUGCUCUGGACUCUGGUCAGUCCAUUCAUUGAUGAAAACACACGGAAGAAGUUCCUCAUCUAUGCCGGGAACGACUACCAGGGGCCUGGAGGUCUGGUGGACUACAUAAACAAAGACUGCAUACCUGACUUCUUGGGAGGAGACUCUAUGUGUGAUAUUCCUGAGGGUGGCCUGGUCCCCAAAUCUCUGUACCGUACAGCUGAGGAGCUGGAAAACGAGGAGGUUAAACUGUGGAAUGAAACCAUCUACAAGAGCGCCAGUGUGUUAAAGGGGGCUCCACACGAGGUGCUCAUAGAGAUUACAGACGUGUCGUCCGUCAUCACAUGGGACUUCGAUGUGUGUAAAGGCGACAUGAUCUUCAAUAUCUACCACUCCAGAAGAGCUCCUCAGCCUGUUAAAAAAGAGGGACUGAGCGCACACAACCUGGCCUGUCCUGCCGGGAACAACGUCCAGUUCAUUGACCGAUCCUGGAUGCUCGGCCAGGACUACAGUAUGGUGGAGACAGCCCUCACCUGCAGAGAGGGAGAGAGCGUACAGGGCUCUCAUGUGACGCGCUGGCCUGGUUUUUACAUCCUGCAGUGGCGUCUGUACAGCACUCCGUCCUGCUCGUCCUCCAGUCGGCCGCGUGUAGAUGAUGUGCUGGCGUCUCUGCAGGUCUCCUCACACCGCUGCAAAGUCAUGUACUUCACUGAGGUGCUGCAGUCCGCUGACUUCAGGGGCUCGAUGAGCAGUCUGGAGUCGAGUCACAGUGGUUUCUCUCUGCUCAGUGCCUCCACCACCUCCUCCAAUCACUCACACACAGCUUCCACCAUCUCCAGAUAGUCGCACACUUUAACACCAGAACUAGAGUGAACUAACACCUGACUGAUGCCUUUAUCAGUUUAUAUCAGCAGAAACUGCACACUUACUGUAUAUUAGACGCACAUUUUCUCUACUUUGUUACAAAUAAAUUUGUAAAUGUUGUUA